AUGUCUCAAUCCCUCAUCUUCAUCACUGGUGCAACAGGCUUCAUCGGCUGCCAUGCCGCGUCCCAAGCACUUGAAGCAGGCUACCAUGUCCGCUUGAGCGUGCGCAAAGAGUCUCAGAUUAGCGGCCUCAAAGAAAUUUUUUCAGAGUACAAGGCGAAACUUGACUUUGUUGUCGUCCCAGACUUGACCAAGUCGGAGUCUUUCACCGAAGCACUCCAGGGCGUUGAAUACGUCUUCCAUAUCGCCUCGCCAAUGCCCGGGACAGGAUCGGACUUCAAGACAGACUACCUUGCUCCAGCAGAGCAGGGCACUAUUGCGCUUCUAGAUGCGGCAAAGGCGGUACCCACGAUCAAGCGCAUUGUCAUCACCUCUUCGAUACUUGCCCUGCUCCCUCUGGACAUUUGGGUCACAGGAAACUACAGCACCAAAGGCAAGCAAUUCCUUUCUUUAUUCCCCCAAAGCUUUAUCACACUUCUUUGA